AGCCGGCUUAGCAGCACAGCGCGGCGACUGGAGCCCCAGAGCCCCGCGGAUUGUCAGAGUGUCGACCCGACCCGCCGUCCCGGCUCCGUGUCCCUCCUGCCGCAGCUACCGAGCCGCUGUCUAGAGCCCCAGCCUCGCCACCAUGAGAGUCCUGAUGGCGUGCGGGCUCCUCUGUGCCCUAGUAGUGGGCCACUCCGAAGGCAGCCAUGAACCUCAUCCACUGUCUAAUGCAUCAAACUGCGGUUGUCUGAAUGGAGGAACAUGUGUGUCCUACAAGUACUUCUCCAACAUUCAUCGAUGCAGCUGCCCAAAGAAAUUCCAAGGGGAGCACUGCGAGAUAGAUACAUCGAAAACCUGCUUUGAGGGGAAUGGUCACUCUUACCGAGGGAAGGCCAACACCGACACCAUGGGCGAGCCCUGCCAGGCCUGGAACUCUGCCGCUGUUCUUCUGAAGGAGUACCACGCCCUCAGGCCCGAUGCCCUUCAGCUGGGCCUGGGCAAACACAAUUACUGCAGGAACCCGGACAACCAGAGAAGGCCGUGGUGCUAUGUGCAGGUUGGCCUACAGCGGCUCGUCCGGGAGUGCAUGGUGCAAGAAUGCUCUUUUGAGAAAAAUCCCCCGUCUCCUUCGGAAAAAGAGUUUCAGUGUGGCCAGAAGACUCUGAGGCCUCGCUUUAAGAUUGUUGGCGGAGAAUUCACCACCAUCGAGAACCAGCCUUGGUUUGCGGCCAUCUAUAGGAGGCACCGUGGAGGCUCUGUCACCUACCUGUGCGGUGGCAGCCUCAUCAGUCCUUGCUGGGUGGUCAGCGCCACACACUGCUUCAUUCAUUACCAGAAGAAGGAGGACUACAUUGUCUACCUGGGUCGGUCAAAGCUAAACUCCAAGACACGUGGGGAGAUGAUGUUUGAGGUGGAAAAGCUCAUCUUGCAUGAGGACUAUAAUGCUGACAGCCUUGCUCACCACAAUGAUAUUGCCUUGCUGAAGAUCCGCUCCAACACAGGCCAGUGUGCACAGCCAUCCAGGUCCAUACAAACCAUCUGCCUGCCUCCAUGGUCUGGUGAUGCUCAUUUUGGUGCAAGCUGUGAGAUCGCUGGCUUUGGAAAAGAGAAUACCACCGACUAUUUCUAUCCAGAGCAGCUGAAAAUGACCGUUGUGAAGUUGGUUUCCCACCAGGAGUGUCAGCAGCCCCACUACUAUGGUUCUGAAGUCACCACCAAAAUGCUGUGUGCUGCUGACCCACAGUGGGAAACAGAUUCCUGCCAGGGAGACUCCGGGGGACCCCUGGUCUGCUCUAUCCAAGGCCGCCUGACUCUGACUGGGAUUGUGAGCUGGGGCAGUGGAUGUGCCAUGAAGGACAAACCAGGCGUCUACACAAGGGUCUCACGCUUCCUGACUUGGAUCCAUAGGCACACUGGGCAACAGAAUGGUCUAACCCUCUGAGGCUCCCCAGGGAGCCAAGGGAAGAGAGGGGUACCACCCACUCCCAAGCUGAGUGUCAUUUUUGCAGUAGAACCAUCUGCAUCAGCUCUAUCUAAGGAAGAACCUGAGGAAGAUGGGCUCUUGCAGAGAUGGUUUUGCUUGUGCUGCCCACCAGGGUGAGCAAUGAUAGCUUGAUCCUCAGAUACAGGCCUGGGUGCUGAGUACCCAGAUCCCCCAGGGCCAGGAUGGAGGGAAGGCCCUGACCCAGGAUGGUUAUUGACCAGUUGUUUGUCUUUUUCUGAACUAAAGCCUCCUGGAGUGAAAAACGCCAUUUCCUGUGCAUGGGUAGAAGGAGAGCCAGCACCCCAACAGUGGGCAUUCAUGAGGCCCACCGUUGGGAAGUGAAUAAUUUCUCAAUUAGGAAGUAGAACAGAACCGAGGUCUCUUGAGGGAGCUUGGCCACUGUGGACCAGUGGCUGGCGGAGUGGAGACAUUAAUGACUUGAGGGAAGGGCUCUGACAUUCCAUGAAUGUAUCAGGAAAUAUUAUAUAUGUGUGUAUAUGUUUGCACACUUGUGCACAGGCUGUGUCAGUGUGAGAAACAGCUGGUGUUCCUGUGUUUGACUGCAAGUCUAGAUAUUUCCCUACACUGAAUGGACUGUGAUGCCACAUCGAAGGGUCUGUCUGGAAAGGUCCUGGGUCACUCCUAGGGCCUCUUGGGUCUCUCAUGUGAUCAUGCCUAUGAAUGUAUCAUUCUGGGGCAUGGCCUGUGACCAGCACUUAAUUUUCAGUUUUACUUUUACACAGAUGUUCUUUCUUGGCCAGUUAUCCCUUCUGACUUUUCAUCUGAGUUUAUCCAAUCCUCACUGGGUGAGGUGAGGACCACUCCUAUACACUGAAUAUUUAAUAAUUAUGUUCUGCUAUUUUUAUUUAUGUCUAUUUUUGUAAUUUUGAAUAAAGAUCAAUAAAAUAUGAUUUUUC